AGGUAUUCAGAGAAAAUGGAAUCUCUAGCUGUUGAAUGGGUGGCUCGCUGCACGUUAGAAGAACCAGAUCCUGCAACUGAUGGAACGGUUAGCUUUACAUCGCAAAACAGAGCACUGGUUGGUGGUUAUAAGCCGACCUUUUCUCAUGCGGCUUACGAGUGGUACAGGGAAAAGUACACAUACGACUAUUAUAGAAAUCGGUGCGCGGGCGUUUGCGAAAGAUAUAAGCAGAUGGUGUGGGCAACGUCUACAGAACUUGGUUGCGCAAUGCAAAGGUGCGACAACAUCACGUCUUAUUUGCGGAAGCCCAUUUACUAUGUGGUUUGCGUUUAUUCACCAAUGGGAGGCUACGUUUCACGACGGCCUUACAAAGCUGGAGAUCCCUGCAGUGAAUGUCCUUCAGGAUACGGCUGCUCACGCUCUCAAUGUGUGAAGAUUUGA